UAUCAUAAUUGAAUAAAUAAAUACGAUGAAAAUACACUUUUGUUCAAACCAAACCUUCAAGCAAUGGAGGAUGUGAUCCCUCAAAGAUUCUAGAGACGUUUGGGUUAAGUUGUUGAUUGGAUCAAUUGGAUGUUAAGAGAAAAAGAGUAAAUUCAGCAUGAAAGCAGAGCGUGAAGAUUAUGUUUUCUCCACAAAGGGCAAUGAAGCUACUGGCUGACAUUUGGAUUCGACGGCAGCAGUGCCCAUGUGGAGAUUGGAAAUGUUGUAUUAGCUGCGAAGGUGAAGAUCAGACUUCCAUAAAUGCGGAGGUGGUGAAGAGUGAGACAGUGCCAACUCAAUUGUCAUUAGAAUCUGUCUUCACUCCCUAUGUUGGUCAAAUAUUCAAAAGUGAUGAUGAUGCCUUUGAGUACUACAGCAACUUUGCUCGAAAGAAUGGAUUCUCAAUUCGAAAAGCUCGUUCAACAGAAAGCCAAAAUUUAGGGGUUUAUAGACGAGAUUUUGUUUGUUAUCGGUCUGGAUAUAAUCAACCAAGGAAGAAGGUCAAUGUGGAACACCCUCGGGAGCGGAAAUCUGUUAGGUGUGGAUGUGAUGCUAAAUUGUAUUUGACCAAGGAAAUUGUAGAUGGUGUUAGUCAAUGGUAUGUGUCACAGUUUAGUAAUGUUCAUAAUCAUGAAUUGUUGGAAGAUGACCUGGUGCGUUUGCUUCCAGCAUAUCGGAAAAUAAAGGAGGCUGAUCAGGAACGCAUUCUAUUACUCUCCAAAGCUGGAUUUCCCGUGAACAGGAUUCUGGAGGUGUUGGAGUUAGAAAAGGGUGUACAACCUGGACAGUUUCCUUUUAUAGAUAAGGAUGUUAGGAACUUUGUUAGGACUUCAAAGAAAACUGUUGAAGAGAAUGAUAAAAGAGAGAACGAAUUGCUGGAACUUCUCGAGAUAUGCAAGGCUAUGGCCAAGAGGGAUUCGGGAUUUGUUUUUGAUUAUACUAGAGAUGAAAAUGGUAAGGUUGAAAAUAUAUCAUGGGCAUAUGGUGAUCCCAUUCGUGCUUAUUCUGUGUUUGGUGAUGUAGUUUCUUUUGAAACUAGUUAUUGUUCCAUUACCUUUGGGUUACUCCUUGGAGUUUGGUUUGGCAUGAACAAUCAUGGAAAGGCAAUUAUACUCAGCUGCGCCUUGCUGCAAGAAGAAAACCCACACUCAUUCUCUUGGGCUGUACAGAAAUUUGUACAAUUCAUGAGAGGAAAGCAUCCACAGACAAUUCUAACUGAUAUAGAUUCAGGGCUCAGAGAUGCCAUAUCAAAAGAACUGCCAAAUACGAAACAUGUUGUGUGUAUAUGGCAUAUUCUUUCUAAACUAUCAAGUUGGUUCUCGUUGCCCCUUGGGUUGCAAUAUACAAACUUUAAAGUUCAGUUUGAUUUGUUGUGGCAUCUGGAGAAAAUAGCUGAUUUUGAGCAUCAAUGGGAUUCUAUGGUUGCACAAUUUGGUCUUGCUUCUGAUAAGCAUAUAGCUUUACUAUAUUUGUAUCGAGCAUCAUGGCCAUUUUCCUUUAUUAGAUGUUCCUUUCUGGCUCGUACACUGACAGUUGAUUUCUUUAAAUCCUUAGAAGUGUUCUUGAAAAGAAUCUUGAGUGCACAGACAUGUUUGAAAAUAUUCUUUGAACAGGUCAGUAAUGCUGCAAACUUCGGAAUUCAUGCCAAAGAAGGUAUGCAGUAUUUACACAUUAAGACGUGCAUGCCUAUCGAACAGCAUGCACAGAGUAUUCUCACACCUUAUGCCUUCAAUGUGUUGCAAAAUGAAAUUGUGUUAUCCGUGCAAUAUGUUGCAAGAGAAAUGGGAAAUGGUUCAUAUCUUUUGCAACAUUAUAAGAAAAUGGAUGUUGAGCGUCUUGUUAGUUGGACACAAGAAGAUGACAAGCAAGUCAACUGUUCCUGUAAAGAGUUUGAACAUUCAGGAAUAUUGUGCAGGCAUUCAAUUCGAGUACUUGUUUUGAAGAACUACUUUAAACUCCCAGAUAAAUACCUUUUACCUCGUUGGCGACUACAGAACUCUUUAGGUACUGUAGACAAUGCACAUUCUCAAGGCAGAAGCGAAGCUUGCGCCCAAGCUUUUCAUUCUCUUGCUGCAACUCUCUUGACAGAGUCCUUGAUAUCCCAUGAGCGUUUUAAUUAUGUUCAUAAAGAACUCUCAGGUCUCCUUGAACAUGUCAGAUCCAUGCCAGUGGUUGAUGAGUUCUCAAUGGACACAAUGACGGCAAACAAGCAACUCUGAAGACCUCAUGAAUUUGUAGGGUCCAUUGGAGGAAGUGGAUCAAAUGCUGCUGAAACUCAGUGCCCCCCCACAUUCACAAAGCAGGUGUUUGGGUUUGUUUGGUUCCUAAGAAACAUUUCAUUGUGGAAGCAUGGUUUCUUGUUGCCCCAUGUUCUCAAAUCAUUCUUUUUUUCAAGUAAAUUGUGACUCUUUCACUGAUGUAAGUACGUGAGGAGAUGCAAUGGAGUGGAGAAAAUAGUAUGGUUGUUAAGCAUGCGGGCAAAUGCAUAAUAUUAUUUUGUCAGAUUCUCUCAUAAUAAUGUGUUUGUUUUGUUCUUAAAAAGCAAAAGAUGUUUGGUGUAAUGGAAAGAUAAUCAGAUCAAUUAGGGAAUUUUGAUUUGAUUCCAUUUCUUAUUUUAAUUUUUUUGGGUUUGAGAAUGAUUGAGAGAAAAAAUCUAUAUAUUUUCUUCAUAGAUGGUCUCCUUGUACUUGGUCCAUCUAUUCAUUCUUUAUACCGUUUGUAUAGCACAUCUUACCAAGCUAGUCAAUAUUUAUCUACUAGGCUUGCCA